CAAGCACGACGUAACAGCCGAAAUCUUUAGUGACUUCAGUGCAUCGAAGGCAAAGUUUGUGCGGAAUUACCAUAUGUAUAAUAUCACGUUAUUGUGUAAUUUGUUAUUUAUUAAUUAUUCUUAAGUUUACUACUUCUUUUUUUUUUGGGAUGUUUCAUAUUUUUUCGUUAAUUCACAAGCAAGUGAUAUCUUUGUCUGUCGAUUAUAGACGACUGAUGACCAGUUCCAUGAUUGAAUCCACGAGACAUUGGAUCUAAAAUUUCUUGGAUUUGUCUCAAGGAAAACUAUGAUGUAUUACAUUUGAUAAAUCUGGUUUUGUUUGUUACCUGUGCAAUAAAUCCGACGAGGGGAGUCGUAAACAAUCGACAUGAGAACUGGUGGCCUUCGGGUAGGUCAGUAUAACGUAGACUUUUUCUAGUUUCGCGCAACAGUUGCGAGCACCUAUCGCUUAACAAAUUAAAAUCUUCACGGUAUUUUAUUUUUAAACAAAUCCGAAAGUAAACAUAAUGAAAGUCAACACUUCAAUCUGUUUUUGUAUUUUCGGUUUAUUUUUGAAUAUGAAACGAUUAAUAUCAUUUCUGUUGGCUUAAAUGUCCUCUUAACUUUUAUUUAUCGAUUCUCAGCAGUAGUAAAUAACGAACCUGUCAUUUGAGAAAUAUUUUUUGCAGUGACAUCAAAGGUGUUUUUUUUUUUUCGCUCUAACUCAUUUUUUUUUUUUCACGAAAUUCUCAUGAAACGUAAUUUUAGUGAUACAGUUACCACCACCGUUUUUUACCAGUCUUGCACUGUAUAAUUGGCUGUUUUUAAUUAGAAAAAUAAAAUGUUUAGACGGCAAGAUAAAAAUAAUCAGUUGUGUGAAGAUUCACAAAGCGUCACUUUUAACUUCUUUGGCGAUUCAUCCGAAACUUCGACAUGGUCAGAAUUGUAUAAUGUGUGUCGUACCGAAAAGGGUUCAACUGUGUUCCCAAGGGAGACGUUUCAGUGAAUGCUAACCAGACUGUAUAGUGUUGUUGUAAGUGAAUUUUGUGGAAGUUUCUUUAGAUUUUCAUUCAAACUGUUUUACACGGGUAAUAAAACAAUCGCCGCCGAGGACCGCAAAAGCGAGGAGGUGGAGUUGUUCGGUGAAGAUUUCAUAAAGGCGACAGAUACGGGAUCAGGUCCAACUUUUUUCUUGGGGUCGUUUUUAACACCAUCGUCUGUUGUUUCCCCUCCUAUUCAUGUCGCCCACAUGUCAAUCGGAUCAUUGGAAAAUGCACGGCUUGGCUCGUGCGAAUUGCAAGACCCGGUUUGGGGGAAGAUGAGCUCAUUGACAGCCGGUGUCAAUAAGAAAAGAAAAAAAUCGGAGACCAAACCUCAAGCGCAAAUAAAUAAGUGCAACAAUGAGAAACGUCGCCGAGAACAAGAAAACAUCUAUAUAGAGGAAUUGGCCGAGCUGAUUUCCGCAAAUUUCGCGGACAUGAGCUCGUUGUCGGUGAAGCCGGAUAAGUGCGCCAUUCUUCAAGAAGCUGUUAACCAGAUUCGAAGUAUAAAGCAGCAAGAAAACGCCACCCAAUCGUCGGACCCCGUCCAACAAGGAGAGGUCUCGUCUUCCAGACCGACGAUACUUUCCAACGAUUUUUACGGGCCGUUGUUGCUCGAAGCGUUGGAGGGGUUCCUUUUCGUUGUCAACAGUGAAGGGAAGGUUGAACACGUGACAGAAAACAUUUCCAACUACAUUAAAUUUACUAGAGAUGACGUUUUGGGUAAAAGCAUUUAUAAUUUCAUUCAUCAUGGGGAUCACACAAAAUUCCAUUCGAGCCUACUCCCCGUGACAAUAGAGUGGGGAAACGAACAACAAGUAAACAACAAAUCCAAAUCGAUAGACAUAAGGCUCUUAGUCAAGCCUCCGGAUGACUUAAACCAAACCAUAGAAGAAAAGCAACAAAGAGUGAGCAGUUACGAGUUAAUGCAUAUUUCCAGUACCCAGUUAAGGGAUCAUUUAUCUGUUUCUGAGGAGGACGGGAGUGACAGUGGGCCUUGUUUAUUGUGUGUCGCGUCUCGGAUAUCGCAUAGAGACAAAACUACUUGUAACAUUGAACAAUUUACGACGAAACUAGACACUACAGGAAAGGUCAUUUGUGUAGAUACUUCGGGAGUGACGGAUACCUUAGCACAGUACAUAAAAAAGGAACUGAGAAAUAGACCUUUAAGAGAAUUGGUACCGCAACAAGAAGUCAACAAAGUUACUGCACAUCUUAGAGAAACUAUUAGUUUGGGACAAUCUUCGAGUUCGAUUUAUAGGUUACAAUUCGGGCCGGAUAAAGUGAUACAAGUUCAAACCAAAUCAAAAUUGUUCAAAACUAAUCCGCAUGCGAAUACCGAUUCCGAUUUUAUAAUGGCAACGCACUCUGUGAUUGGUGAAAACGACCUCACUGGACAAAGUGAUACGACUAGUGGUACCAACAAUCUCUCAAAUACAGGAGUAGGAGGACCCUUGAUGCCCAGUGUGGUGAACGGAAACCGUAAAGGCCCACCUAUUAGUUCCGGUAAUGAGAAUUCUAGUAACACUCUACUAAAUCCAAAUACAUCUUUUAAUACAUUCAAUCUUGACAACGAAUUCAACUUCGAUAUUUUCCCUACUUCUUCCACUUGGGAACUAGAUUCUACAAAUUGGCAAGAAGGAAGACCGGAUUCUCGGACAAGUGUCACUCCUACACCCCGUCCGCCUAGUAAUCCCUCCUAUAGCAAUGCGCCUACGGUGGUGCAGUCUUCCCCAUUUUCUUCCCAACAGAGUCCCACCAUUCCCAACCCACCUCCUCCCGUUGCUUCUAACCCAUACGCUGGCGUGGGAAAUUUCUUCAGUCCUAUGAGCGACCAAGGGUUCUCCAUGGAAGAGCAGAAAGAUACCAAAGUCAACGUUCUAGAUGAUGCUGUUAGGACGGCCGAAUCUACUAAACUUCGAAGUUUGCUUACCAAUCCCCGAAAUGAAAACGAUGACAAAAAUAAAGAUCCGAUAUUGAAAGAGUUGCUUAAUCAGCAAGAUGAGGAUAAUGUGCGUAGCGACAACAGAGGUAGUCCUAGAGGACUGAUUAACAGAGGUUCAUUACCGGGACCUUCUGAGCCACCAAAGACUCCGAAUGCUCCGACUGAAAAUAUUAUGUUGAGAAAGUUACUGAACAAGACCGACGAUGACGAUAAUGAAUCGAGAGUUGGAAGGAAAAAACAGAGCGAGCUACUCCAGCAAUUACUGAAGCCGGAAAGAGAUACUGAAGAUGAUAAAAAGAACGAUAUUCAGUGCAAUAGUGACCUAAUGCGUAGUCUAGGAUUCCCUUCCUCUCCAACAGAUACAUCUAAAAAGAGAGCAAUAGAAGAUAAAGACGAAAAUCCAGCAAAGAAACCGGCAGAAGUUUCACAGGUUUCAUCUUCCGGUUCGUUAUCUGGAAAUUCUUUGAGAGAGCGCAAUAAAAUGUUGGCAUCGCUUUUAGAAAAAGAUUCUUCGAACCACCAGCCUAUACCACACAUUCCUGCCAGCGUGAUCUCUGCCACACCUCAAGAAAAACUGCCGAGAAUUUCUGAUCAUAACAAAGCUGUGCAAAUUGUCAUGAACCAAAAUGCAAUGAACAACUCUAGAAUGGGCGUCAGCAGAAUGCCUGGACGUCCAAGUCAAGCAAACUCAAACUACCUCAAUAAUCUGUCCAGUAAUAGUAACAUGCAACGUAAUCGCAUAAACCUAGUCAACUCUAGCUGUUUUUCAUCGCCAGCCACCUCAACGACGGACAAUUGCAUCUGGGAUCCAAAUUUGCAAGCAUCUGCAGAUCCUCUACUAUCUGAACUUCUUGAUCAAGUAAUAGAUUUUGUUCCCGAUGUUGGAAUUAUGCUUCUUGAUGGUGGUGAUGGUCAACAAAACAACAAUUUUGCUUUGAGUGAAGCUGUGGCGAUCAAUAACAUUCAGAAAUCAUUAAUGCAAUGUGAAAGUGUCGUUACAAGCCCUGGAUCACCAGUUUCCUUAUCAGGAAAUCCACCAGCUUAUUCAUCCUCAAAUUUGUCGAGCCAAAAUAAUGCUGUUUUCUCACCACCUCCAAGUUAUCCUCAGCAACGAAGAGUGCAGAUUAGAAGUUCCAAUGCUGGAAGUCAACAAUGUCCAACUAAUGUUAAUAAUCAGAGCUUGAUGCACAGAACAUUGUUUUUGGAACAACAGCAACAAAAACGUCGUUUGUUACUACAGCAAAAGCAGCAACAUUUGUUAAUUUCAUCUAAUGCUGCUUCCAAUGAGAUUUCUAGUAAUAUAAACUCCAUUCAGAACAUAGAUAGCUUGUUGAACAACACAGUAGCUCCUAAUGUAUCAUUACAACGCUCUUCUAGCGUUCCUUCAGAAUCCCAACUGUCUCCUCCAUAUGGGCAAACAUCUAGAGUAAAUAAUCAACAACCAUAUUCACCCCAUUCUCAGUUAACCUCACCAGCUUUUCCUCAAACUACCUCUGUGACUAACUAUCAGAAUUCUCCAGCGGGUCUGUCGCCACAGUCGCAAUUUAAUGCGCAAUUGUCUCCACGGCAAGCAUAUCCACAAGCAAGUACACAGAACACCUCAUGGCAACAGGCACAAUCAAGGAUGAGUGUUCAGCAAAAUCCUAUGCUUAGUGCUCAACUCACAAGACCACCCCAGCAGUCACAGAGAUCCAUUAAUAGUCCUGGAUCGGUAGGUGCCAGGCAUUCGCCUUAUCCUACAGGUGAUCAGUUUCCUACUCCUAAUUCGCCUAAUUCGGCCUUUAACAAUCCGUACCUGAGACUCCAACGGGCAAAUAGCGUACCAUCUGCCACAUCACAAUUACCUGGUGGGCUGGGAUCACCCCGACCGUACACAGGCAGGGACCACCAUUCCCACCUUUAUCCUCCUGUUCCUCCUCAUCCACAUUCUGUCCCUCAAAUGAUGAGUUACCAACAAGACUCCCAGUACUGUUAUGAUCAGACGGGUAUACCAUUAGCCUACAAUGGCGCAGAUAGGGGCCGGGCUCCCCCACAUCUUCAGCCUGGAGUAUCAGGCAGCGCCCCUACCUCUGAAUUUGUACGGCAAGAGCUGCGUGCAGUUGUUGGAGCAAGAACUGCCCAAGCACAGCCAGCUGCAGGAACUACGGCACCUCCUACUCGACCCCCUUCACAAAUGCAAUUAACCCAACAGCAACAAGUCAGUGAUCUCGAAACGUUAGGACUCAAUUUUGAAAUGGCUACUGGUGCGAGUGAUAGCCCAAAACUGUGGGGCGCGAUGGGUACCGAUAUGGGCUCAAUGUCUCCGCAGCCAGUCAACUCGAGGAAUACUAUGGAGGAGGCUCGGCAAGGUGAUUCAAAGUCUUCGCUUCUACAGAAACUGCUCUCAGAGUGACCACUUGUAAAUAUUAGAGAUAUACACUACUAGGUACCUCAUUGGUUAUCCUACAACAGGCUGUAAUCCAGACAGGUUAGCUGUAUCAAAAGUGCAUUAUUACGUUGCUUAUUCGUUAUAUAUAUAUAUAUAUAUAUAUAUAUAUAUAUAUAUAUAUAUAUAUAUAUAUAUAUAUAUAUAUAUAUAUAUAAAAAUAUGAAGUAUAUAUUUAAGAUAGGGUAGUGCGGAGCAACAGAUUGGAAGGCGCAGGGGUGACUGUGCAAUUGUACAUAUUUGAUAUUGUGGGACUUGUUUAUAUUAUACAUAUACAUGAUAAGUAUAGUUUGUUACUGAAAUUGUUAGAAAACUUGUACCUCAGUCGGAUUGAUUACUAUAAGAUUGUCAUAUAUGCAACAUAUUUAUUUAAAUCCUUAGGAAAUCAAAAUAACAUUUAUAUAUUUCAUAAUUAAAAUAUCGAAAAAAUGUAUAAUUCAUUCAAUAUUACAUUUUGUAUUCCUUUAUUGAACAAGAAAAUAACAAUUUUUGAAUAUUUGAAAGUAAAAUAAUGUAUGGAUACUAACCAACAUAUGUAGAUAUGUUGAGGGUGGUAAGUAUGGGGAAAUUUAUAUACAUUUAUGAUUUUGCAUUCGGCUUAAAGUUUGGAAUACCUAGAUAUCCGUUUAUUAAGAGUGCAGAACUUGUUAAUAUUGCAUUCGUGUAAUAAUUAUAGUGGUAUUAAAAUUAAAACCUUAAUCUGUAUGUUAUGUUUAUACUCUACAUUUUCCAGUUUCUUUUUAUUUCGUGAAAAUAAAGACAUUCCGAAUCAUCACUGAUCACUGAAAAAAAUAUUUACUUGAAAUAAUUAGAUUGUCUUCAGUAUAUUUAUCAAUUUUCAUUGUUCAAAUAUUUGCAUUUACGGUAAAAAUAUGGAUACAUGUUUUGCUAAAUAUAUUCCAAUAACCAUCUAUCUCAGAACGUUUGCAAGAUUCAUUUGAUCAUGCAGAAAUAUUGGUUAAUGUUAACUUCAUUAAUUGAACUUGAUUCAAUAUUAAUUUGACUGAAUUCGUCAAAUUGUGGCUAAUAAAUAAAUCAAAUGAAAUUAUGGAAUAGGAAGCAAGGAGGAAUUAUAUGAAUAAAAGGUUUUAAAAUUAAAAAUUCUAUAUUCGAUCCAUCUUUUAUUUCUCAAUAGAAUGGGUUUUAUUAUUGUUAUAUCAUAUUUUCAAAUGCUCAUUAGACUAAAUGAACGUUUUGAGGGGUAUGUGGAAGUUCUCUUCUCUGAAAAGGAGUAGUAAACAAUAGCAUAGUUGCUGUAUAAUGAGAAGAUUGAACCUGAUGUCUUUGUUUUAUAUUGCAUCAGUGGAAAACUAUUUAUCAAAAAAAUCAAGUGAAAAAUGUAGAGAGUUUGGAAACUGUAAGGAGUUCUCUAUAGUAUUGCAUAAUUAUUAAUAAACGUUAUUUUCGAUUUCCAUUAUUUAAACAAUUUGUUGUUUCAUGAGAGUUUUACUAUUAAGAAUUAGAUAUUGUUAAAAUGUUAUUUGUUAAUUUUGCUUUUUUAUCUGUUUCCCUUUUAUUAGUUUGUUAAUACUUCCAAUUGAAACUAUACAAAAAAUAGUGAGAACGGAGAAAAUUGUUGAAAAGUUUUGAAAUGGAAGUACCAGAUAUUUAACAUAUUUUAAAUUCACAAAAAGACCAGAGAUCACUUCUUUUUAUCGUAGCUGGUACCAAAUAAAAUCAGUGAUUUUGUUGCUUUUUUUAAUUAUAAAAACAAAGGUUAUUUGAAUUCUUCUUUAAACAAAUUAUAUCAUGUGCAUUAACGUUCCAAAGUAUUAUUUUCUGUAAAUAGAUGUUUUAAUUACAUUAUUUCAAAUGAACAGAAAGCACUGAUUGACACUAAGAAAUCAAUUUAUUAGUAAUAUAUAUUACUAGGUCCAAUUUUGGCAUCAUUUCUAAAUCAAUCUCAGGAAAUAAUCGAAAUUUUAAAUGUACAAAUUUCAAGAAUUAUUUAAUGAAACUGCCAUUGAAAAACUCAUGAAAUGAAACUGAUUCUCAAACUGGGCCUUUCUAGUUUUUCCAACUAUAACAUUCUAAAAUAAUUCCAUGGAAGUAUAUUAUAUUAUUUAUAUCGAAAUAAUUUAUAUAAAUGUUUUUAAUGUCAAAAUCCCUAUAAAUCCUGUUUUAAUAUUUAUGGAAGAAUAAAAAAAUCUUUUUUUAUUCAUUUAAUUCAAAUUAUGGACUAGAAUCAACAUAUAAACUUAGGACCAAGUGAAUCUUACAUUUUUAAAAAUUAUAUAAGAAAAAUAUAUAAUGAUUUUACAUUCUUAUUAAAAUGUUCGUAAAUUUGGUAAUCAUAUUUUGUUCAUUAUAUAAAAAAUUGUAUUGAGAAGGAAUUAUUUUAGAAGUAAAUAUUAAAAAUAUUUCAAUUGUACAAGGUAACACUCAACAUAAUUUUAAAUCUGAGUCAAAAAUAAAAGUUUGAUGCUUAAGAACAAAUUGUAUACAUAACAACUUAAUCUGAUAUUUAUUUAUUUAAGACUACUUUUUUCAGUAAACAUCAAUUUUAUUAAAAUUUUUAACUAUACCACUUUUCGACCAAAACCUUUUUUAGAUUUUUAUUAACUGUUUUAUAAGAAAAUUUUAAAUAUUCGACUGGGGUAUAGUAAUAUAAAUUAUUUUGAAUAUGUUUAGUGUUGUCUUCCUUUUACUGAGUGUUCAAGCUACGCAUUACCAAAAAGUAUAAAUUAAUAACUGUUAAUAUUUUAUACAUAAUUUAAAGUAUGUUAUUUGGAAAGCCCGUUUGGUUGGACAUUGUGAUAGGCGUUGGCCAUGUUACUGUUGCUAGGAUUUUGAUCCUAGACCCUGUAUAUGUAGAAAUAGAAUUCGUACUUGAUUAUAUUGUCAAUUACACCCUAGCCACCGAAAAAUUAAAAAAAAAUGAACAAAUUGACAGACAAAACAUAAUUUAAUUACACAGAUAUUUUUUGUACAUUAUUGGAGUUUUAAAAUAUAUCUAUAUUAUGAAUAAAAGUAUAAUUUCUGA